CUAGACGCUACAAAUUGAUGAACCGCUUCGACUUCAGUUACUUUCCACACUUAAGGAUAAUCUACUCGAUCGCCGCCUCAAAACUAAUUCCUCUAACCCUCUGUCAGCCAGGUCAUCUUUCCAACAUCCGCCUUCGCUAUUAAAGACAUCUCCUCUAGAGCCAUUUCCUGUUUUCCUAUCAGACGUUCCUGAUUCUUUUGUCACUUACCCUUUGACUCUCCAACCUAUCACUCCGACAACCUGCUCUCAGUCUAUUCAGGAUGAGAUCUCACCUGCUUUUUUUGAUCGUACUUUGCUGGCUAGCUGUGCUGAGGCUAGAUCAACGUCUAUUUCAGGUCCCGUGCUGACGUGUUCCUCUGAUUCGGUCGAACUGAAUAGUAAACCUGGGGCUCUGGGCGCGAUUCUUCAAUCUGAGCCUAUAUCAAUUAAAGAUGGCCAAUGUGACAAUAGAGGAAACGUAAACAAGCCCUUAUGUUAUAUCGAAUCUGUGAAAAAAGAUGUCAGGCCUGGCUUGACUUCUCAGAUUUAUGCUCCGCACGAUUCUGCUUCUGGUUCUAAAAUAGAAAGUAAGAAUAGGCCAAAUGACAGUUGCCAAGUCCCAAUUAUUGUGCCCGAACCACGAGAGGCACGCGUCCAGAUUCUGAGAGAGCUGGAGGAGCUUGAGGGCACACAUGACUAUCGGGAUAAUAUGGUUACACAAGGUGGUUCUGAAUCUAUACAACACCUCUCUGCUUCGGCCAUUACGGGAAUAAACGGCUUGGAUGAUCCUCAACUCAUACCCGCAUCAGUCACAUCUUUUGACUGUUAUUCAGGGGGAGAUCGGCCCUUGCAAUUUAGUGAUUCGCCAUCUUUCUUGUUGCAGCGCCGACGGGCUGAGUUGCUGCGUGUUAACACGCGACUUGCACAGCACAACCUCUUUCAGUUUGCCCAGUUAUUCCCCGAUCGUAUGUCUGGCACUAACAUCCAUUCCGGCCAGUCAGAUGACUCUAAUGUUGGCAUUUCUUCUUCACCAUUACCCCCUGCUGUUGAUGCAGACGAGCCCCCAGAUUUGAAUCCUAGCUGUCCUGCCAGUCCUCCCUUACCUUCGCCUCCGCCUACCCCUACUCUCACGGUUUUCCAGGCAUCUGAAUGGCACGUCAACUCAACACCUCUGGCUCCCAAUCUCGAUCAUAUUAAUGAGCCUUCUUAUGAAUCUACUUCCAAUAUACCGCCUCCAUCGAACCAAUCACCAUCGCAACCUCUAUCGGCUCUUAGCCCUCGUAACCUGUGUUUAGCUGCUACAUCGGAAAGUGCCGAUUCUGUUGGAUUCUCUUCAUCCACUCUUCCUUCCGUAAGCCGCCUAAGCCACUGCCUAACUUCUGUCACAUCAGGCCAGUCACACAUUGAUUCGUCGAGCCUGGGUCUACUCUUCAGCUCAGUGCUUGAUGCGCGAGCUAGCUUUGAUGUAGCUAGCCGGUCCUGCACGAGUGGGUUGAAUGAAAAUUUGACCGGCGCUAGCCAAAAUUUUUCAUCCAAUCAGAUUCUCCUGCGCUAG